UGACACCAUAGACGACGCCAAUCCCUGUACUGGCAAAGCACUAGGAAAGGACUCCGGCAUUGACGAAACACAUCAGUUGACCUUCCGCCGGCGUACAGAGUCCGACAUCAAUUCAACUCCAGCAAUUGAACGCAUGUGCGAACUCCACGAAUCGAAUCUGGAUAUGAUGUGAAUCUCCUUCCUCCGCUCUAUAAAUCUCAGCUAUCUACCGCUCUGAGGGACUUGAGUGAUUGAAAUCUGUGAUCGUGUGUGGUUUUCUGGAGAGUUUUGCUGUAAUGGAGCAAGGUACAACAUCAAACUCAGCCGGGUCCAUUGAUAUGUCAAGGGUGUUGGAUGUAAAGCCUUUAAAAUGUUUAGCACCUGUAUUUCCAUCUGCUAAUGGGAUGUCACCUUUUGGAUCUCCACAACCUUCGCCCUUUGUAUGUGUUCCUCCAAGUGGCCCUUUUCCUCCCGGGGUGUCUCCCUUUUAUCCAUUUUUGGCACACAUCCCCGGAGGAAGACCAGCCGAACAAGGGUCAUUUGAUAACCCCAUGUUCCCUACUCCUAUAAACUCUUUCAGAACUCCAACAGAAAAUGGAAGUGCCGUGAGAUCAAAGAGGACCACUAGAAGAGUGGUAAAAGAAGAAGAUGAUGCUUAUAGUAAUUCCCAGAACCAGAGUGACUUUGGCAUACAUGAUGGUAAUGAUGAUGAAGAUACCAGCGCAGGAGGACAAAAGGGUAAAUCUCAAAAAAGGGCAAGGAGAAGGCCUGAGAUGGAUGGCGCAUCUGUAGAAGCAUUUUAUGAACCAAUGUUGAAUAAUCUUCUUGAAUCGUUUAAACUCGCUGGCUUGGAUAUGUAUAAGAAAGCUGACGGUGACAAGGAAACUGUCAGUCGCUUAUUGUUGACUUAUAACUUGUUAAGACGAAUGAUGACCCAAUUUGACGAGAAGAGGGAACAAAGUGAAGGAGCUUCCAGGCGCCCUGACUUGAAGUCUGCAAACAUGAUGAUGUCAAAGGGGAUCCGCACGAAUACAACAAAGAGGAUUGGGAACGUACCCGGGGUUGAAGUAGGAGACAUUUUCUUUUUCAGAAUGGAGCUGUGUUUGGUGGGGAUGCAUGCUCCAAGUAUGGGGGGUAUAGAUUACAUGGGUGUCAAAUCAUCUCUGUAUGAGGAACCACUUGCUCUCUGCAUUGUCUCUUCAGGAGGAUAUGAUGAUGAGGGUGAAGAGCCAGAUGUUCUGAUUUACACCGGCCAAGGUGGGGUCCAGAGACGUGACGGACAAAUGAUUGAUCAAAAACUUGAAAAGGGGAAUCUUGCUCUGGAAAAGAGCCUGCACCGUGCCAAUGAAGUCAGAGUUAUUCGGGGUUUAAAAGAUUAUAUGACUAUGGGUGGGAAGAUUUAUGUGUAUGACGGUUUGUACACAAUUCAGGAAUCAUGGGUAGAGACAAACAAGUCUGGAUGCAAUGUUUUCAAGUACAAAUUGGUCAGAGUGCCCGGGCAGCCGGAGGCAUAUACCUUGUGGAAAUCAAUUCAGCAAUGGAAGGAUGGUGUUGCUGUACCGGAUGGGAUUAUCAUGCCAGACCUAACAGCUGGUGUGGAGAGUCAGCCCGUUUGUCUUGUCAACAAUGUUGAUGAUGACAAGGGACCCCCUCAUUUCACAUAUAUCCAAACUCUCAAAGACCCAAAACCCUUUUUAAUGCCAAACCAUUCUUUGAGCUGCAGCUGCACGCGUGGAUGUCAACCAGGUGACUCCAACUGCCCUUGUCUCCAGAGAAAUGGAGGCUUUCUGCACUAUAGUCCACUCGCGGUUCUCUUGACCUACAAAGCUCUUAUACACGAGUGUGGUCCGUCCUGUUCAUGCCCUCCCAAUUGCCGAAACCGAAUGUCCCAAGCAGGUCUUAAGUCCCGUUUGGAAGUUUUCAAAACCAAGAAUCGAGGUUGGGGACUUCGGUCUUGGGAUCCUAUACGCUCGGGUGGUUUUAUAUGUGAGUAUGCAGGAGAAGUCAUGGAUGCUUCUAGGGCAGGCGAGUAUGCGAGCGAAAGCGGUGAUAGCUAUAUGUUUGAUGCCACUCGCAACUAUCCGCCACUCGAAGCUGUGCAAGUUGGUGAGGAUGAGUCUCCCAGAAUCCCAUUUGCUCUUGUUAUAAGCUCAAGAAGUUACGGGAAUGUGGCUCGUUUUAUGAACCAUAGUUGUUCACCAAAUGUCAUGUGGCAGCCCAUUGUACGUGAGAUUAACAACGAGGCGUAUUACCAUAUUGCCUUCUUCGCCAUUCACCACAUUCCUCCAAUGCAGGAGUUGACUUUUGAUUAUGGGUUGGUCCUGUCAGGUGGAGCAGAUCACAUGGGGAAGAAGUGUUUGUGCGGAUCACCAAACUGCAGAGGAGUUUUUUACUAGGAUUCUAUGGGGGCUUCUAAUGGUAUCAUUCUUGGCACAAGGGUUAGUUAGUAUCAUCUAUCCCCCCCUCUAAUUAUUUUGCCUCUUAGCCGUCGUGCUUACUUAAUCAACACUGCUCACCGUACUGACCCAAAAGCUGCCCGUGGUUGUAGCCAGCUUGUAGAUUAUAUGGAACUCUACAUUUUGGGGUCUUGCAAGUGAACUUGUGUGGUUGGUUUAAAUUAAUAAUACUACGUAAUUAGCAUGAACUUGUUCGAGCUAUUGGUCGUGCACUAUUUUUGAAAACUGAACUAGUCUUUGUAAGACCAUUGCAUUUUCUCUUGUAAUUCUAGUCUACUUCAGACCCAAACAAGUUUCUUUACAGUCUUCAUGCAUAAAACCUUUUGUGAUCU